CCAUUGGCUGGCUCGGCGCAGCCGAUCCCCGCGCGCGCUGCGCUGAUUGGCCAGCGCCGUGAGGGCGGGCUCGGCCGACGAGCGGGCGGCGGAGCCGUCACCCUGAGGGGCACCAAGAUGGCGGCGGCGGAGCAGCGGCCGCAAUGGGAUAUUCCACCAAAAAACGGCAGUGAAGUAUUUUUCUCGCAUGAAAUUUAUGAAAAAUACUCGUUGGCUCCAAGUCUGUCUGAACUAUGGAAUUUAUCAAACAGAGUGGCAAAGAAAAAUGUGGAGGCAUCGGCAAACUCUUCAGAAAACAAACAGACUUGUAACACACAGGCUGCAGAUCCACUGGAGGUGGAUGCUAAAUCCACAACUGAUGAUCAUCCUUUUCCAGAGCCUAGACUCCCCUAUCCAUUUACUUCUUGUUUGACUGAGAAGGAGCAGAAAACAUACUUAUAUCUGAUGACAAAGUUCUCAAAAAAAAACAACCAUUUUCCACUCAAUGCAGCAAAUCAAAGAGAAUUACUCAUGUAUUUGCAAAUGAAAGAAGCAGUAAACAAUGAAGUUGCAGAAUUUAUGAAAUUUGCUCAAAAUGCUGCAAAAAGCUGUGUCCAAGACUACGAUAACAUCUCUGAAGAUGCAGUACUUUAUACUGAGGAAUUAUUCAGUGCUUGUAUUGGACACGUGAAAAAGUACCCUGAGUUUUACACGCUCCAGGAGAUCAUGAGUAUCAUGGGAGGAAAAUUUAACACACAGUUGACCUUUAGGCUGGAAAAAAAUCUUCUUGUAAUGGGCACAGCAAAAUAUGGUAAAACGUAUUUCCCUACCAUGCCUGUUCAGCUGCCCACAGAUUAUAAAGCUGUUACAUCUUUUAUAACUCCAGAUAAAAAGGCUUCUAUUAUGCAAAAUGAUAUUAGUUCAGAUUCAAAUGCAGAAAAACUUGCUUUGAAAUACUCUCCUCAAGUUGUUUUAAGUAAUCAGUCAUUAUUUACUUUGCUGAAUAACCAUGGACUAAAUUACAAGGAACAGUGGGAAAUUCCAGUUUGUGUUAAGAUGAUCCCUGCUGCAGAUAGCAAACCAGCUAAAGUGGUUUACAUUGACUCACCUCUUCUGAAAAAGGAAAUGACAGUAAGAGAGAGGAACCAAGUCUUCCAUGAAAUUCCAAUGGAUUUCCUAGCAACUAAGAAGUCUUACAUUUCAGUUUCUGAUAUUUUGAUGGACAAACCAGCUGAGGACAAUCUACUGCAGUGGGAAAUGGCUUCUGAUACUUACGAAUACAGGCAGAUUCCUCUUCCAAAUGACACAGGAAUGGAGUUUGAUGAUGAUGUUACAGAACUGGAAACUUUUGGUGCAGCUGUCAAACCCUCAACGACUUCUAAAACAGAAAAUACUUCUACAGUUAGUAAUGCUGUUAAAGUUUUGUCACAUGACCUAAAAUUAGGAAAGAAAAAGACAUCCACUCUAAGCAGUGGAGCUGAACAGGGGAAGACCUCAGUUUCUGAGCAAGGAGUUUCAUCAUAUUCCAACAUACAGUUUCCAUCAUGUGGCGUUCUAUGCUUCAGCCCUGGAAAAGACUCAUCUCAUAAAACCUUUCAGUCAGAGGAGGGAGAGUUGAACAAAGCACAGCAUGUCAUGAACACGAAUGUAUCAGACAAUGAAACAAAAUUAAAUACUUCAUCUAAUGCUGUUAGUUUCAAGAAAGAGUCUGAUCCUGCGCACAAAAAUGAGACAUACACUCCUUUAUGCAGUAGUGACACUGAUGAAGAUCAUUUGAUAAUUGAUACAGAAUGUAAAAACACUGAUUCUUGCAAAACAACUGUACCAAACACUGUUUCUCAUACCUCAUUACGGACUUCCAAGUCACCUUCCCCCACCCAAAAUCCAUCAGCAAGUAUGACUGAUUGCUCAGAAGUCAUCGAUCAGGGAAAAAGUGCUUCCAGAAAGCUAACAAGAAAGUUGUCCAAAGAAUUUGAUCCUGUGGGACAGAUUUUAAAAAUGCAAACAGAACUCCUUAAGUCACCUUCCCGAAAAGGUCAUGAGCAGCCAUUAGUGAGCUGUGAUAGUUCUACUGCUGUGCAAGCUCAUGUGCCUCAAUCUCCAAAACUGUCAGCAACCUCCCAUGCAGAAACUUUGCCAAGUCCUGCCUGCAAUCCCAGUGGCUCAUCUAGGAAUACCUGGACAUGGCUUUUUCAGGGCGUGCCAAAGAGAAAGCUGCCAGAUGAACUUCAGAUGCUUGCAGAAAACCCUUCAGAGUAUAAAGCACCUCAGGAUGGCAACCUUGUGUAUAAGCUAUUCAGUUUGGAUGAUCUGUUAUUACUUGUGCGUUGCAAUGUGCAGAAAGCGAAGCCAUUGCCACAUUCCCAUAAAAAGAAAAAAGAUCAAAAGGUUGUUCCAAUAUUCCUGUUGCCAAAACUGGAAUACCAAGCCUAUUAUGGUGUUGAAGCUCUUACGGAAAGUGAAGUAUGUCAGAUGUGGACAGAGAGUAUGUUGCAUUCUGCAUGUUUAUUUUAUAUUGGGCGUAUUGAUGCUUUUACAUCAAAGCUUAUUAUGCUAGAAAAGAUUUCUCCAGAAAUAUUAAGAGAAAAACUUGGAUUGAUUAAGCCUGCAAACUCAUUGAAUAUACUUCAUCACAUUUUGAAGAAAGUGUCUGAUUUGCAGGAGGGCUCUUAUCUAUUGACUCAUGCCGCAGGAGAUUCAUCAGUUGCAAUCUACAAGAGUUGUCUUGACAAGGCAACGAGAGCAUCGUAUAACUUACAUAAGGCCCAUUGUGAUUUGCCCACAGUACCUGCCACAUUGUCAGUCCCUUGGGUGCCACUAGAUCCCAGCCUCCCUUUGCCCUAUCACAUGAAUCAUGGCAGAGUGCCAUGCACCUUUCCACCUGCACCCCAAGAAUCCAUGUGGAAACACAAGAUGACGGGGGUGAAAGGGCAGUCGGACACACCCUGUGAGGGAAAGCCAGUAACUAUGGAAACAAAAGGCAAUCCAGCUAAGCCUGUUAGAAAUGAAGGUGUGGCUCCAAAGAAGCUGAAGAAGAUUUACUGCAAACAAAGAAUGAUGAAGAAAAAGUGGAAAAUGAAGUAAAAUACAAGUGAAGUAGGAAUAGCUGAACUGUGCUAAGUAUGGGCUGGAAAAGGAGAAAAUGAAACAAGAAAUCUGAGGCUUUCUUGCAGUUUCAAAGGAGCCAGAACAAGCUGGCAGGGGAAACAGCUCCACAGCCAUGUUUAAAACACUGAAAGAGUCUAUAAACCUUAACCCUUUCUUACCUCAGUGCAUACAUUCAAAUUAAAAUCUCAAGUUCAGUCAGGUUUGUUUUGUUCCUUUUUUUAAAGGCAGGUGUCUGCAGCUGAGAAAAGAGGAGAAAUGUAUAUUCUGUCUCAUUAUUUCCACAGAAAAACUGCGUCAUGAGGAAUGAAACAGUGGUUGACAGCAGUAUCUGAUGUCAAACAAUAGCAAGAAAAACAACUUUUCAGUUCCCGUAAUUCAAGAAUCACUACGUAUUUGUAUUCUGAUAUUUUAAAAUCAUAUUUUGCUUUAUGUGAUGUAAAUAAGAGAUUUAAUUAGUUUAUCAUUUUAGCACGGUGUCUAACAAUUUUUAAAUUACAUAAAAAAAUACAGUCUUUUUUAGGGUGGUGUAGCAGCUGAGUCUUGGGGAACAAAAGCUGUGCUUGUUUGAAGACUAUGUGCUAUAAAUCUGCACUAGGAAACUUAGAAGUAUAGCAAAGUUUGAAACAGUUAAAGAGUAUUUCUAUGAUUACCCAACACAAUUUCCAAGAAGUUUGGAUUCCAGCAUGUCUUCAAAAAUUAAUAUUGCAGUUUUUUACUGUAUUACUGAAUGGCUGCAGCCUAAAUAUUGUAUCAGAUUGCGGGUGGAUAUACUAUAGUGUUCGUCUGAGGUAUUAAGGUUUGCCUUAGGUCAUUUGAUAAAAAAUCACCUGGACUAUGCUGUGCCUCAGCAGUUCACUUAAAAUUUACAGCCAGUCUGACAGACUGAAGUUAAUAAAAGAGAGUAUUUUUAUUGUUUGUGAAAAGGCCAUUAUAAAGCAUGUUGUAAGCUGUGAUGCAUCUGUAACUAACGUGAGAAAGAUAAUAUUAAAGCUAUUCUACAAUACUGACUUCCAAAACAGAAUUUCAACAGAAACAAUGUUAGAAAUUGUGGCUGCAAAAUUAUGUUCUCAACUGUAGCUUUUGCUUUCUAUCUUUUGGACUGCAGCCUAGGUCUUCCUUUAUUAGAAGUAAUGAUUUUAGAAGAGCUCACAAAUUCUUGAAAGUUUCAAGAAUGAAACCAGUGAAUUCUUUCCCAUUUUGGUAUUUUAAAUCACACUACCAUUUUAAAAUGUCUGGGCCACUUCUUUUUUUUUCUUGAAUGAUAUUCUAGUUGUUUAUAUACUGCUAACAUGUGAAUCAAAGACCUUACAGGUUUCCUUCCAAGUGUUUUAUUUGGACAAAGGAAGAUUACCUACUCUUGACAUUAUACUUUUAUCAUGAAAGUAAAAAUAAAACAUUUAAUUUGUUUACUGGGUAAUACAUGUUUGAAAAAUCCAGCAGACAGGUUCUUUUAAACAAGUUUAAGCAAUGAAUGUACAUUAAAAACUGUUCUUUGCAAAAUACCAAGUAUUUUCUGAUUUUUGUCCCUGUUAGAUAUAUUUAUAAUGUUAUUCAGUUUAUUUUAGCUGUAGCAAUGUUACUGACAAGCUGAAUUAGCGUAGAGCUGUUUGCACAUUACAAGUAUUCCUGAUUCAAAAUCCAAAAUCCAUCUAGUGACCUCCCAUAAUAGGAAUAUUUUAGUUGUGAGUCAUUUCUGCCGCUUAACUUAGUCUGUGCGGGGAAUCAAAGCAGUUUUCAAUGUGUAUACAUAAAAUCUCCAUCAAGACUUGUGUGGAAUUUAGCUUCUUGAUACAGUUUCUUAUGUUAGAAAUGUGUGCUCGGUUUGCUAAUCAAUCUAUGCAGCUAAAAGACUUGCUUCUAUCUUUUAAUGUUAACCUAAUAGUAGUAUCCAAAUUGUAGUUUAUUAUCCAUUUAGAAUAUGUAGGGAAUAUGGAGUCUGUACACAACACAUGAAAUGGCUUUUUAAUUCAUUAAUAUUUUUUUUAAAUUUAUUUAUUCUGUUUUGGAUUAAGUGGCACUGGAGGAAUUGGCUUUAAGGUAGGUUACCUGUUUGAAAGACAGCUUUUCUUCACAUAGCAUGGGGUUUAUUUGUUUGUGCCCUUUGUUGGGUACAGCACAUACUAUCAAAAACUCUGGUCUGUUCAUUUUGUUGUUGCCAUGCCAAAUGUACCUUCAUAACGUUUUUACACAAUUUACUAUUUUUACAAGCCAGUUACAGCACAACAAGCUUUCUGUUGUCAGAAAGGAAUUCCUGUUCUCCAUAGCUUUGAAGAUGCUAAAAUGAAUCUUGGGGAUAUUCUCCAAGGGGAGGAAUUUGAAAUAACCAACACAGAACAAUAUCACUUGGAUAGCUCUUCUUUGUAAUAGUAGGGAGGUUUUGUGUCUUACGUGUGUUUGUGAAUGCACUCCAAAUCUUCAUGGACUUGAAAAGUAAAGAAUAGAUUUGGUUCUGAUAACUAUUGCUGCUUCCUAAAUCAGUAUCACAUCCUUUUCCUAUGUCUGCCACGUCCUGGAAGGUCUUAGUACAUGAGGUUCUGUGGGAAGAGAGAUGCUAGUUUUAACACCAUAUGAAAACCAAAUCUUGUCUUUUUAGGUAAGAGCCUGAUACAGCGUAAAGACAAUAUGUCCUUGAUAUCUUGCUGCUGGAUAUUCCUGUUUACCAAAAGAUUGCCUUGCUUUUCAGCAUUGUUGGUUUGGUGAAUUUAAAAAUGGAGGAAUGUGAAAUAUCAUGGACUAAAAUCUGUUGUGAGUUUAUUACUUUGCAAAAUUUCAGCUUUGUAAUCCAAUGUGAUACCUGUAUUUAAAGUCAAAUUACAUUAUUGUUUUCUCUAA